CGCUUACGUAGUUGGGGGUGGUUGUAUUUUCAAUAAGCUAAGUUUGUUUGCAGAGUACUAGUACAGAACAUCCCGCUUUGAAGUUUGUCGAACGGAAAUUUACACCCGGCAUUGUGAACUGUAGGUUAAUAGACUACACUGUUUUUAUAGUUAGCCAUGACGAGUUUUCUUAACGUCUCAUUAAACGCAUUAAAUAGCGACUCUUAUUGUGAGAUCAGUCGAUAUCGGGACCAGCAUUUCAGGGGCACCAGAAAUCAACAGGAAAAAUAUUUGCUGUAUUCGUCCACCCUGUACAUUGGGAAUUUGUCAUUUUAUACAACAGAAGAACAGAUCCAUGAGCUGUUUUCCAAGUGCGGGGACGUCAAGAGGAUCAUCAUGGGCUUGGACAAGAUCAAGAAAACUCCUUGUGGUUUCUGCUUUGUAGAAUACUAUACAAGACAAGAAGCAGAACAUGCAAUGCGAUAUAUUAAUGGUACACGACUGGAUGACAGAAUUAUCCGAACUGACUGGGAUGCUGGUUUUAAAGAAGAUCGACAGUAUGGCAGAGGGAAGACUGGAGGACAGGUCAGAGAUGAAUAUCGCACAGAUUAUGAUGCUGGAAGAGGUGGUUUUGGCAAAAUAGUCCAGUGGCAGAAAGCCAACCAGCAAUCUAUGAUAUACUAAUUGGUCACAGAAAUCAAAAUGUCUGUUCAAGCUAUCACUACAAAAGAAAAACAACUGCUGAUGUAACACUGAAAGAGAGGAAAGUUUUCAGCAAGCUGCUGGAAGGAUUGGACUACUCUGAAGAUUUUUUUUUUUUUUUUACACUGAAAAAGUUUUGUUGGGAUUAUCUGCUGUAACAUUGCUUGAAGUGGUUCACUAUAUGAGAAGUUGAUUGCAGAAUUUACCUCAUAACAAGCUGAUUUGUACUGUCAGUAUGUUUUUGCAAAAUUCUGUGCUUUCCUUCCAGCAGAUGUUGCCCUUGUGCUGCUCACUUCAGUGGGUUAGAGUGAUUUGAGCAGUCUGUUACUGUUCUUUGAAACAUUUAUUUAUGGAAGACCUUCAUUUAAUUGUUGGCAAACUAUGCCUAAUGUCAGGAAAAGUGUUUAGGAUUUUGAUGUUUUUAGUAGCAUGGCAUUUGUCUGGGGGCGGGGGGGCUUUGUGUUGAUGUAUUGUUUGAAAAUUGAAUGUUGCAUUUCUUCUGCUGUGUACACAGACUAGUAAGCAAAUGAAGUUCAAAGCUGUAUUUUGUCAUUUUUUAGUAAUAAAGCAUUUUUUAAUUUGUAAAAUCA